AUGGGUGAGGAAAAUAAAAUAAUAAAACCAAAAGGUAUAAAAGAACAGUCCUCCUAUUUGCGCAUGCAGUUUCACCGGCACCAAAACGCCGAUUCAACUGUCAAUCUCCGAAACGCAAUAAAUGAAUUUGAAUAG